UGCCGGCAGCCAGCGCCGCUCCGCGUCGGAUCGCGCCGGGACGUGCCGGGCCAUACGGGGCUGUACCGGACUGCGCCGAGCUGUGCCAGGCCGUACCGGGCCGAACUGGACCGUACCGCGCUGGGCUGGACCACCUGAGCCGUGCUGGGCGGUACCGGACCGUAGUGAGCUGGGCCGUGCCGGGCCGUACUGGGCCGUGCCAGGCUGUACUGGGCUGUGCCGGGCCGUGCUGGGCUGUGCCAUACGAGGCGCUGCCGGGCUCCGUGGAGCUGUGAGCGAGCCCCGCUGCCCGCGCCAUGGUGGCGGGGAUGCUGAUGCCGCUGGAGCGGCUCCGCUCCAUCCUGGAGCUGCUGUUCCGCGAGGGCGUGCUGGUCGGGGAGCGGGACGGCUGCCCCCGGCGCACCCACCCGCAGCUGCCCGGCGUGGCCAACGUGGAGGUGCGGCGCGCCAUGGCCUCGCUGCGCUCCCGCGGCCUCGUGCGACAGACGGCGGCCUGGCGACACCUCUACUGGUACCUGACGGACGCCGGCGUGGCUCACCUGCGCCAGUACCUGCGGCUGCCGCCGGACGUGGUGCCGCGCUCCCUGCAGCGCGUCCCGCGCCCCGCCGCCGCCCGCCCCGAGCCCCGCCGCGCCGCCGCCCCCGCCGGCCCCGGCGCCCACCGGGCGCGUCCCGCGGGCGCUGAGCGGCUCUACCGCCGGAGGGACGAGGCCGAGGGGCACGUGGAAGCCGUCGCCGUCAGCGCGGGGCCGGGGGUGUGCCGGCCGCCCCCCCAGCCCGGCCCGGCCGCAGCCCCCGCCGCCACCGGCGGAGCCGCGCUGCGCCCUCGCUCCGCGCUCCGCACCUGCCCGCACCCUGCCCGCACCUGCCCGCACCCUGCCCGCCCAUGA